GAAAGGAAAAUUUAAAAAAUUGCGGGCAACCAGCCAGCAGCUUCGGUUAGCACUCAGAAUGGAAACGGAUAAUACAAAAACAUGGCGUCGUGUCACCAGCUUCAACAUCAUUUGAGAGCUCCUUAUGAAUCUCCUGCAAAGAUCUUCGCUAAACUGAAAUCGAAAGUACAGAGAGCAACCGUGAAUGACUACUCCGAAGAUGAAUGCCAACCUACAGAGUUUCAAAGACUACUGUACACGCCAAAGAGAAGGACCGAGAGCCACGGCACGGACCAGCCUUGGGAUUUCAACCAGCUCCAGAAGUUGGGGAACGGCGAGGUAACUGCGGUGACUCUUUCACCCAUAUCAAGUCCUCAAAAAAGCCACCACCAUUAUAGAUCUGAUUGUGAUGUGAUGCAUUGUGCGGACACGGAACAUGCUUUUAACCCCGUGUGCCUGCCAAGACGAAGACCAUUCAUGGAGUCCACCGCUGUAUGCAACACCACGGCUCCACACACUCGCAUGAAUGGCUUUCACACGACAAAGACAGCUGAUCACUUUGAUCUUUGUGGACCUGAAGAGUUGGAGAACGCUGCCCCGCCUCACUUCAUUUCUCCUCACUCUGUGUUUUCCCCGAUGAGAAAGAGGCUGAGGAAAAGAAAAUCGGACUGUCAACUUAUCAAUAAUUCUAACAGCAUGAUAUCGGAUAUGGACUAUGCUCGUUAUCCGGAAAAAGAAAGGAAAAUCAGCUCACCGUACAUCACAAGUACAAGGAAUGUGGAGACAUCAGCAGCACCUGGUCACAAUGGAUGUGCUGUUGAGACACUUUCUCAUAAUCUAUUGACUCCUGCCAAGAUGUUUGCUUACCUAAAAGAACGGGAGACCCAGAGAAACCAGUGUGAUGUUAGACAAGUCACAUCAAGCCCCAGACCAGAGGCUGACCAGGAUAUCCAAAGUGAAAUGAGAGUGGGACUAGACUCUGCAGCUCCUAGCAUCAGCAGACUGCAGAGUCCUGAUUCUGGAUCUUCUGAUGAUGAUUUCCCUCAUGGACCAGUGUCUGAUGUGCCUCCACAGCCUGUCAUGCUUGAAGAUCCACUUGUGCUAAACUCACCACGAUUUUCCAUUCCUAAAACACAAACUGUGUACAGGUGUGCCAAGUGGCCUCACUGCACCACUUUCCCCAGUGAGAAUGUAAUUCACCUAAGAAAGUGGUUCAUUCGGGGAAGUCAUAAAGGUCUUUUUGUAGAUGGUAUUCACAGGGAAAAUAACAUCCCGUGGAACAGUAACAUAAUCUUGGAGAGAGUAUCCAGGUCUGUUUUAAAAACGAUCUCUGGUAGGGUCUAUAUUUUAGUUGGCAAGAUGGACUUGGAUGCUCCUUCACAAUUUCCAAAGUGUUUUUUGAAAAGUUUUGUCAAUGGCUUCCCCUCAAACUGGAAGGAACUUCAUGAAAAAUAUUUGUCAGAGUCUGAGAGAAACUUGAAAAAAGGGACUGAGCCACAAAAUGAUAAAAGAAGCCAAAAAUCAAAGACACCCAGGAACCAGUCACUGAAACAGCAGCCACAGACAUCUCCCACCUGUCUUUUCUCCUCUGCAUCCAGCACCAAAGUGUCCCGCAGCGGCCGUGUCAUCAAGCCACCUCUCAAUUACUGGAUGGGAGGACGAGUUAUUCUGGAUGCGCACAUGAACGUCACUAUUCAUGACUGCUAUGACACUACUGUCAUUCAGCCUGAGGUCAAAACCUCAGGCUCCACCAAGUCAUUCCACUCUACAAAGCCUGAUAAACAAACAGCCCUGGAGAAGGUUCCUUUGAACAAUGUGUGUGAGCAGCAUGAGUUCAUCACCAAACAAAAGCUCCAGAGAAAGGUCAAGGCCCCACAGCGCAAACCUCUUCAAAACAAAGGCUCUGUCCUCAAGAAGCCUCCAAGUCCUGAAAACACCAAUGCGAACAGCCGUGUUACCAGAUCCCGCCAAAACUGCCUGACUGCGGAGAAGACCAGUGAGAAACCAGAAUCACAAGGAUCUGAAAACUCAAACAAGAAGGUCAUGAAAGCUAAGACCGCCAAAUUCGACCAACGCUCUGCUUCCAGUCAACAUUUGCCCCCAGGUGACCGCAGCACAUCAUCAAAAUCACUAAACAAUAAAGAGAAGAUUUUUAAUAAGACAAGGGACAAAAGCAUGGACAGCAAGAGCCAGAGGAGUCUCCGCAGCAGGUCCACUCGCUCCAGCCAUUCCUCCAACUCAUCACUGGAAAUAGAAAUGAGCACACACAAACCGCAAACAAAAUCAGUGCUAAAAACUCAGAGAAAACGGAGAAUCAAAACACCUUCACCAAAAAACACACAAGUCAGCACAGAAAUGGCUACACAAAAAACUGCACAGCCCAACAGGACACAUAAAAAAAGCACUCAUAUUAAAGCGGUAACAGAACAGGAUGAAGACAAGUGGACCAAGGAGGAACUGAGGAAGCUACAUGAAGCAGUGUCAUGUCACCCAAAGCACAUUGCUGGUUACUGGACAAAGGUGGCAAUGAUUGUUGGAACACGUUCUGCUGAGGAAUGCUAUAAACAACACACAUCCAUCAGAGCUGCCAAGACGCCUUUUAAACGUGAGCGGAAAACAAAGAAGGAAUCAUUAAAAGAGAAAGCUAACCCAGUAAUCUCUGCUCGUGUGGGAACAUUGCGGAGGAAACGCCAGGUGCGUGACUACCUGGAAGCCAUGCCCAAAGAAGACAUGGAUGAUGUUUUUAGCUCUGCUUACAUGCAGAGUAAACGAUUUGAGAUGUCAUCUAUGUGUACGAGUGAUCAUGACUUCUCCUUGUCGGACCCAGAGCCCCUGACCCCCAGGCCCACAGGGUUCCCUGAAGCCAAGACCCCCCAGUGCUUACACAUCACCCCUGGCAUGAUGGGCUCCAGCAGCAGGAACUAUGAUGACAAGUAUGUGUUCCAACUUCAGAAGAGGAUGAAAAAUCAUUACCAGUUUAAUGUGGAAAAACAUGCUAAAAAGGGUAAGGCAAACUUCACUCCUACUGCGUCUGUGAAAAAAACUAUGAGAAGAUGCGGUAACACAGAAAAUGACACCUUUGUGGUAUGGGAGAUGUUUCCAGACAAAGAAACCCAGGCUGACAGUGAUGAAGAGGAAGAUUUUUACUUCUCAGAAAACUAGUAAAACUAUGAAGAUGGUACAAUGUUCAUGGACAGAUUAAAGCAUGUUCACAUGGGCCAAUAAGAAUGAAAAAGCAUUGUGAAUAGUAAACGGUAAAAUGUAUCCCUAUUCAAAUGACAAUUUUAAAUGUCUAAAUUCAAUUUUUAUGAAUAAACAAUUUUGAUGAAAUGGG